UCUUCUCCUCACCGCCGCACCGUGAAGUGGAUGUUUUGGUGAGAAAAUACGGUGUCAAAAAAGGGACGUAAAUACCUUAAAAACAUGACAUUUCGACCGAGAGGAACCUAGAGCUACGUAGGAAAGUAGGGCGUCUCCGGCGGAGGUUUUUUCUGAUUAGCUGUGCACCGUAUUCCUCCGCAUGUCCGCUUUCUUCGUAGAUGGUCUCCGGCGAGCGUUGUCUGGCGGCGGACGACGAGUGGUCGACGAAUAAUAUGAAGGAGAUGAUCGGCGGCUGCUGUGUUUGCUCUGACGAGCGAGGCUGGGCGGAAAACCCUCUGGUGUACUGCGACGGACACGGCUGCAACGUGGCCGUGCAUCAAGCAUGCUAUGGCAUCGUGCAGGUGCCCACCGGUCCUUGGUUCUGCAGAAAGUGUGAAUCUCAGGAGAGAGCUGCACGAGUGAGAUGUGAGCUGUGUCCCCAUAAAGACGGAGCCCUCAAGAGGACAGACAACGGAGGCUGGGCCCAUGUAGUUUGUGCGCUUUAUAUACCGGAAGUAGAAUUUGCGAAUGUUUCGACGAUGGAGCCGAUAGUACUCCAGUCAGUGCCACAUGAUCGUUAUAACAAGACAUGUUAUAUUUGCGAGGACCAGGGCAGAGAGAGUAAAGCAGCCACUGGAGCCUGUAUGACCUGCAACAAACAUGGCUGCAGGCAGGCCUUCCACGUCACAUGUGCCCAGUUUGCGGGGUUGUUGUGUGAGGAGCAAGGAUCGGACGCAGACAAUGUGAAGUACUGUGGAUACUGCAAAUACCACCACAGCAAAUUGAAACACAAGGAGCGGGACAGGCACAAACCUAAACACAAGAAGAUCUCCAUGGACAUGUCCCCCUCCCUCGUCCUUCCUAAUAUCAUGGUCCCAGAAAAGACCUUUAUCAGUGGCAGCUCAGUGGGGGGCGUCCCCUCUCUCCCGACGUCCUCUCAGAAGCGCCUGGACGACGGCAGUGCCCGCUUCACCACCGCUAACUUCCAGGAAGUGUCGUCGGCGCUGUCCGGCGGCUCCAAAGACGGCCUGGCCGCGGUGGACGCUGGGAAGGCGGCUUCGUCGGAGGCGAAGAACAAGAAGAACAUCGUCCCGGGUCACGUUGUGGGACAGCGGGGGGGCCGCAAGUCUCUCUCCUCCUCAGGGAAACCCCUCCCCUCCGCCGUGGUCACCAUGGCAACAUCCUCCACAUCUGCCUCCACGGGGCCUUUCCACCAAGGCCUCCUGUUGACCAGUGCCAGUAAGACCCCCUCUGCCCCUUCCUCCUCAGACUUCUUGAGUUUCUCAGAUCCAUCGUUGCGUCCUGGGGGCGGGACCACCUUCUCCUCCCCUCCGUCCUUCAGCAGCUGCCUCGUGAAGCCCAGCUCGGAGGGCGGAGCUUCAGAGGGAACGGCGACGCUUUUCGGCUCUUUGGUGUCCGCCACCACGGCCUCUGCAGUGGGCGGGAAGCUGUAUGAGAAUUCCCACAGUCUCACAUCCAGCGAGACGCCAAGCCUCGGUGGCUCCGCUGCCUACAAGAGACCCCCCCCCUCCAGUUCAGGAGGGGGAGGAGGAGCAGGAGGAGGAGCAGCAGGAGGAGGAGGAGGAGGAGGAGGAGGAGGUGACGACGGGUUGAAGAAGAAGAAGAAGGGAAACUGGAGAAACAGAUUUGGACCAUGCUUCACGACGGAGGUGAAGCCUUCAGAGGCCGCUCCCUCCCUCUCCCUCCCCACCUCCUCCACCACGGCCACCACGGCCACCACCACCCCCUCCUCUUCCUCCGCCUCCCCGUCCUCCUCCUCUUCCUCAGCACUCUCAGGACGCCCGGGCUUAGUCUCCAGCAGUGGGUUGGGAUUGGGGGUAGGAGGAGGAGGAGAGAGGGGGCUGGGGGUCAUGGGGGUCAGCGCUGGGAUUCAGAAGUCCCCGUCACUCCUCAGGAACGGAGGUCUGCAGAGCAACAGCAGCUCCUCGAGCACCGGAGCAGGUGUUUUCUCCGGUGCUGACGGGUCGACCUCGGGGUCUGGAGCUGCCUCUGUCGGCGGCUCUGAGUUGUCUCAGCAGCAGCAGCAGCCCACACCUUCACUGUCCUCUCCGUCUCCGUUUACUGCCACCGCACCGCUCACCAGCACCGCCAACACACACGUGAGCGGCUCCGUCUUUAACCUCGCCCCCUCCCACAUGUUCGGUAACCGGCUGAAUCCAAACUCAGCCAUGGCAGCUCUCAUCGCUCAGUCCGAGGCCUCACCGGCAGCAG